AUGUCAGCCGGCAGCAAGCAACACGAUGGCGCCGCCACCGACAACGACAACAGCAGCCUGCGUGCCGCGCUCACCACGCUUCAGGCGCGGCUGCCGGCCGUGGACGGCGACAGCAAUGCCGAGGAGGCGCGGCUCAUUGUCAGCCUGCUGGGCUACUGCGUGAGGGUGGGCCAACUGGUGGACCACGGGUGGCUGUCGCGCGCUCUGGCCAGCAUCGAGCGCAGCGCGUGCGCUCUUGCGCCUCAGCACGCCGUCGGGCUGGUGCGGGAUCUCUGGUGUUUGUACGGCCACCAGGGCGUGAUGCCAGCGCCAGCGCCGCUGCCGGCAGGCCUUCUCACAUCCCUCGCCGAACUCGCCGCAGCACCGUCGGCAGCACCGGCCGUCGUGUCCGUGGCUCAGACAUCAGUCGCGGACCCUUGGGAUUCUGAAAGACUCUGCCAGCUCACCUUGCUGCUGGCACGGCAAACAUCAGGCAGCGGCGCACCUGGUUCGCGGGCGGAGGGUGUCGCGCUGGCUGCCGCCUCACAGUCGGUGCAGCUGCCUGCCGGCCUAAUGGCAAAACUGCAGGCGCGGCUCGGUGCAAGCACACGGGACACACUGUCGUGCCGGAUGGUCCUGGCAUUGGCAGGCGCCUUCAGCGCAGGUGGCGCCCUCAGUGGUGAACCCUCGGCCGACGCAGUGCUGCGCCUCGCGCUCGCUGCUCUGCCGCCGCACACGGCUGCCGAACUCGAGGCCCAAGAGGCAUGGGCACUGCUGAGGCACAUGCUGCAGGCUGGGCUCACCCCCCACACAGCUUCUACCUGCGGCCCCGUCUGGGCCGCGCUGCUGCGCCGCCUGGACACAGACGACGCCUGGGAUUCCAGCAACGGAGCCUCCAAUGGUACAGCGGCCGCGGGCACCGCAGCAACCGCAGCCGGAGUGGCCGCGGCCGCUGCGGGCGACGAGGGCCUGGCCCAGCUGGCGCGUGCGCUCGCACCCUGCUACCAGGAGCCCUGCUUUGCGUCGCUGGAACUGCCCUGGCUGGGACGCGUGGUGGAGGGCUGCGCGGCGCGCUGCGGCAGCGGCGCAGACGGUGGGGGCGCAGCGGCUGAUGAGGACGUUGCGCCAGGGGGUGACCUCUACGAGACCCUCCUAGCCGUCUUCCGGCUGUCCCACCUGCGCCACAUGACGGCGGCCGUCCUGGCUUGCGGCCGCAGCAGCGACGACAAUGCUGCCACGUACGGUCGCCUUGGCGACAAUGCGACCUCGCUUGCAGACUUGGAAAGCGAGUUGGUUGCAGCGGCAGUUCGCGCCGCUGGCGGCUUGACGCACGCUUCGCUUUGGAGGCAGUGGUACUGGCCGUGGGCGGGCAAGCAGCCGGCUGAUGGGGAUGACGGCUCAAGCGGCGCCGAGCUUGGCGCCCUAGAGGUCGAUGCGGCCCCGCCACAGGCAUCAAGUGGAGGGGGAGGCGGCGGCAGCACGCACCCUCAGGCUCAAGCGGCGCGCGCCCACGUCAGCCGCUGGCCGGGGCCGCCCGCCGCACUGCUCACGCUGGCCAGCUCGCUGCUGCGAGCCGCCGAGCUCCCGGCGGCACCCUUCAGCACUGCAUGCCUGGCCGUGAGCGUGGGGAACGCAGCCGGGCUCAAGGCGGUUGCCGGCGGGGCGCUGUCGCGCCUGUGGGGGCGCCUAAGCAGUGAGCUAGCAGAGGCGUGCAGGACGCAGGCCGAGGCUUCCAUGGCGGCGUUCCAGGAGGGUGCUGCCUUCGUGGAGCGUGGCAUGUUGGGGGCGCUCGCCGCGUCCUGGAUGCAGGCCGUGCGCAGCCUGCGCGAGAGGGGUGCGCCGCUGGCGGCGCUGCCGCUCGCGAGGCGCGUCGAGGCGGCGGGGCUGCUGCAUCAAAGCGGCCUGGAGCUCUCGCCCCUGCUGCGCAUGGCCCCUUGGGGGGACGGCGCGGAUCUCUCCCCGCAGGCGUCGGCUGAGCUGCGGGGCGCGCUGCGCGAGCUGCUGCCGCUGCUGCUGCUCGACCUUUCGCUCUCCUCAGAUUACAGGGGCUUUGACGUCGACGUGCGGUCGCACUUGAUGACCCUUUCUCCCAGCCAGAAGCGCAGCAACACGGUGGCGAGGGUGGGGCGUCUGGCAAAGGGCGCGGUGCGCGCCGCGGAGAAGGCCCAGCAGCUCACCCUGGUCCUGCCGGACGCAGCGGCGUGGCGGAACGGCCCAGGAGAGCGCGCUGGCGAGGUGGCCGCUGCCGCCUUCGCCGAGCAAACCGUGAAGGCUUUGCUGGCGAGCGUGACGCGAAUUGUGCCAGGUGUGGAGAGGGAGGUGCAGGUGGACAGCCAGGAGGAGGCGGGCGGCUGGCAGUGGACGUGGACGCCGGCCCUUGGGGACAGCUUCGAGGGUGGCAGUGCAGAAGAGGUCAGCGAGACCGCGGCAGAGGCGCGAGGAGAGGUGGACAUUGGUCCAGGGGAACAGGAGGGCGGCCUCCGAGGGAGCGUGGGGGCUGCGGCGUUGAUUGCUGAGUCGGCGGCUGGCCUGAGCGAGGCCGAGACGGGCCUGUUGCGCAAUGUGCAAAUCCUGGAGUGGGUGACGGCUGCAUUGAACGGCAAAACGACCUGGAGGCCCGAGUGGGACCCUGCAAGAGACCACUUCAAGGCGUUUGUCUUUCUUGGGAGGUUACCCAGCCGAAGAGCCUUGGAGCGCAUGACUGAUGCGGCCAGGCGCGCAACCAGCAGCAGCAACGUGGUCGCUGCGUCCAGGGACAAGGGCUUACGCUCCAAGGCCCACACCAGCAAGGGGGGCGGCAGGGGCGGUGGAAGGGGACCGGCGCCUCUCGCAGCGGCAGCGCAAAGGGCGGUGGCGCGCAUGCGGCAGCUGUCUGAGGGCCCGCGGCGACUGGUGGUGCUGCUGCAGCUACUGGCAAUGCAGCAGAUCACCGAGGAGGUCGCCGUUGCCAGCGGCCUUGCCUGCGAGGUCACGCACAGGCCGGUGGUUGAGAUGUCGCGCGCCGAUGUCCUGGUGUCUUUGACAGAGCAGGACAGCAGCGGCGCGGAGCUGCUGCAGCGUGCAUGUGCAGAGGGGUGGUUGAAGGCGUGA